CAUCUACCUGCCAAUGCCGUCGCUCACAGGACAAGCUGGAGAGCAGAAGAAGCGCAAGAGAUCACAUGCAAAGGCAGCAUCUAGCAAAGGCGAUGUUCAACAAGCUGCAGAAAUAAGUGAAGCAGCCGCUGAACCGACAGUGUCGAAAAAGGCAAAGACAGAAGUAGACAAUGCAUCAGCGAGUGAGUCUGAGCCCGAGGACGAGGAGGCAGCGUCAGGCGAUGAUGCGCAGGAUGCAGGUGAGAAGCUUAUGGAAACAGCCAUUCUGCCAUUGCCCCAGGCAAGCGACCCAAAGCUCUUCUCAGAGCUCUCCUUGUCACAUGGGACGGCGCAGGCGCUGACAGAGAUGGGCUUCACAAAGAUGACUGAAGUACAAGCUCGCACCAUUCCGCCGCUGAUGGCUGGCCGUGAUGUGCUUGGUGCAGCAAAGACCGGCUCCGGCAAGACAUUGGCCUUCUUGAUUCCAGCAAUAGAGAUGUUGCAUGCCCUCAAAUUCAAGCCGCGCAAUGGUACAGGUGUCAUCGUCGUCUCUCCUACUCGCGAGCUGGCUCUUCAGAUCUUUGGCGUGGCCAAGGAACUCAUGGCGCAUCAUCAUCAGACCUAUGGAAUUGUUAUUGGAGGCGCCAACAGGCGAGCAGAGGCCGAGAAACUCAUCAAGGGAGUCAAUCUCAUCAUUGCAACACCGGGCCGGCUGUUGGAUCAUCUACAAAACACAAAAGGCUUCGUCUUCCGCAACAUGAAGGCGCUCGUCAUUGAUGAAGCCGACAGAAUUCUGGAGAUUGGGUUUGAGGAUGAGAUGAAGCAAAUCAUCAAGAUCCUUCCCUCAGAAAACAGACAGUCUAUGCUCUUUUCUGCAACACAGACCACCAAGGUGGAUGAUCUAGCGCGAAUCUCUCUUCGACCAGGCCCACUCUACAUCAAUGUAGACUCCGACAAGGAGUCGAGCACUGUCGAGGGCUUGGAACAAGGCUAUAUCGUUUGUGAUUCAGACAAACGAUUUCUCCUCCUCUUUUCCUUCCUCAAACGCAAUCUCAAAAAGAAGAUCAUCGUCUUCUUCAACUCUUGCAAUUGCGUCAAAUAUCACGCCGAGCUACUCAACUACAUUGAUCUGCCUGUUCUCGAUUUGCACGGCAAGCAAAAGCAGCAGAAGCGGACCAACACCUUUUUCGAGUUUUGCAAUGCAAAAUCAGGGACACUCAUCUGCACAGAUGUAGCAGCGAGAGGUUUGGAUAUUCCUGCCGUUGACUGGAUCGUUCAGUUUGAUCCGCCUGACGAUCCACGAGACUACAUUCACCGCGUCGGUCGAACAGCACGAGGUACAGGCGCCAAGGGACGAUCUCUCAUGUUCUUGACACCGUCAGAGCUUGGCUUCUUGCGAUACCUCAAAGCCGCGCGUGUCCCGCUCAACGAGUUUGAGGUGCCCGAGAAUAAAAUUAGCAAUGUGCAGAGCCAGCUUGAGAAGCUCGUCUCGAAGAACUACUACCUCAACAAGUCUGCGAAGGAUGGCUAUCGCAGCUACCUGCAAGCCUAUGCUUCUUAUUCCCUCAAGUCCAUCUUUGACAUCAACAAGCUUGACCUCGCCAAGGUAGCCACAUCGUUCGGCUUCACCGUACCACCACCAGUCAAUAUGAACCUCGGCAGCAUGAAGGCAUCCAAACGGACAGGCAAGGAUCGCGUGGGCUAUCACUCCAAGAAGGUGGGCAAGGAGCACUAUGACAAACAACGCUCUGGCUCUGGCUUUCACAAGAGUGAUGCUGGAAAACAGAGUUGGUCAAAGUAGGACAUGAUUAUUUAGCAUAGCUUUGAGCAAAUGGAUUUUUCUGUAUGUAUGAAGAUGUAUCGCUUCGUCUAUGAGACAUGCAGAUGUGCUUCAGCAGGACUCUCAAACAUCCGGCGAGUCUUGAGUCUAGCAUAGUUGUAUGAAAUACAUGAUCCUCGUCAGCGACACGGUCAUUGUCGAUCAGAGGGCGAAUACUUGCGAAACACACACAUGUCAGUAUCCUCCGUACUCUGACUGUCCAUACUCAGCCUGCAUCUCUUCUCUGUCCUCUUGCUGUUGGUUCAGAGGUUUAAUUUAGGUAGCUAGUGUUUUUUUUACAUCACCCCGAGAGGUUCC